GAUUUCCUCUGGUUAUUACAGUUAUUAUUCUCAUUGAUGGACCUUAGGCUGGUGAGUCAUCAUGGCAUAAUAGGUCGGAUCGAAAUCAAAGGCAUUAUUCUGGAGGCAGCAGUAGCAUGUGCAUUAGAGCUAUAAUAAGCGGUAAUUUUCUUCUCAACAAAGCUGACGCAUUUCCCACUGUAUGAGAGGAAAGGCUAGGUAAGCAGAGAGGACCAGACGUGAACAUGUAGGCGAAUAGGUAUACUGUUUUAUUGGGUCCUUGGGAUAUAGCCUUCAUUUUAUCUGGAUGGAUCAACCCACUGCCCCUCAUUCAUUAAAUUGAUUUCGACUAGACAGCUAAUUAGCUUGCGAGAGAGGAUGGCGUUUUAACUAACCACAGCAAUAUGCAUAGGCUAGAGUAGCCUACAGUGGCAAGUAAGAUAACAGGGGAAAGUUAAGUGACGCUUGGAGUUCCUGGAGGAUCGUUUUCACUGUCGCACCUAUGAUAAGGCACGGGUUAGCAAAUCGUUGCGGUGUGUGCAUGUGAGCGGCAACUGGAGGUGAGUGUGAUUUCUGAUUUAGAUGGGGCGCCUGGCCGCUAGUCCGCUCUGAAUGGACACGUUAAUUGAGACCAAGGGUAUGUAACACGAAAAACGUUGUUGUCACAACCAAAGAUGAGGGCUCGGCAUUAAAACCUCUCAUCUCCAAAAGGCGCGAAGGAGGUGGUAGGGCAAGACGCAAACAUCGGCUUGAUAUGAGUAGGAAGUCAGUCAAGCAAAUCAGGAGAGAACAAUACACGAUCGAGACUGCCUGCGGUGGCAAAUCUAAACGGAGUACAUCUAUAUCCCUCUGAAGGAGCAGCAACAUACCCUGACUUUCAUUGCUGCGUGUUUUCUAUCCCUUUUCUAACCUGGAUUUAAAUCAAGAUGAUGGCUCUCCCUACAGACAUAGAGGACAAAAUGCACCGCUUUUCUACAAUGAAACAUGUGUGGAUCUCUGUCUUGCUGGUGUGCAUAACUUGGCAAGUGAGUCUUGGCCAGACCACAGCAGAGGCAUUGAAAGAGGCAGAGGCUAAUGACAACAUCACCAUCUUCACACGGAUACUGGACGGACUCCUGGACGGCUACGACAACAGACUCAGACCAGGACUUGGAGAAAAGGUCACGGAGAUCAAAACCAAUAUAUUUGUCACAAGCUUUGGCCCAGUUUCAGAUACUGAAAUGGAAUACACCAUCGACGUGUUUUUCCGACAAAGCUGGAAAGAUGAGCGCCUUUGUUUCAAAGGACCCAUGGAGAUGCUGCCUCUGAACAACCUCCUGGCCAGUAACAUCUGGACCCCAGACACCUUCUUCCUCAACGGGAAAAAGUCUAUCGCCCACAACAUGACCACACCCAACAAGCUACUGAGACUGAAAGAUGACGGGACGCUGCUCUACACAAUGAGGUUAACCAUAUCAGCGGAGUGUCCCAUGCAGUUGGAGGACUUCCCAAUGGAUGCUCAUGCUUGCCCUUUGAAGUUUGGAAGCUAUGCCUAUCCAGUCUCUGAGGUGGUGUACCUCUGGCAAACUGGUGCUGCCAAGUCUGUAGUGGUGGCAGAAGACGGAUCCCGUCUCAACCAGUACCACCUGAUUGGCCAGACCGCAGGCUCUGAGGACAUCUACACCAGUCGAGGACAGUACACAGUCAUGAUGUGUCACUUCUACCUGAAGAGGAAGAUUGGUUACUUUGUCAUUCAGACCUACAUGCCCUGCUUCAUGACCGUGAUCCUGUCCCAGGUGUCCUUCUGGCUCAACCGUGAAUCUGUACCUGCCAGGACCGUCUUUGGUGUCACUACAGUGCUGACUAUGACUACUCUCAGUAUCAGCGCUCGCAACUCGCUGCCUAAGGUGGCCUACGCCACAGCCAUGGAUUGGUUCAUCGCUGUGUGCUAUGCGUUCGUGUUCUCCGCGCUUAUCGAGUUUGCCACCGUCAACUAUUUCACCAAGAGGAGCUGGGCGUGGGAUGGCAAGAAGGCCAUGGAGGCUCAGCACCCAAAGAAAAGGGACCCUAUGGUGCUUUCUAAGAAGCCCAACAACGUCUGUACAGCAGGAGUUAACUACACCCCCAACAUCACUAAGGAUAUCUCUAUCUCCACCAUCUCCAACAGCACCUCCAUACAACUAAGGUCAUCCGAAACCAAAGUCCUGGACCCCAAGAAAACCUACAACAGCGUGAGUAAAAUCGACAAAAUGUCCCGGAUAGUUUUCCCUGUCCUCUUUGGAACCUUUAACCUAGUGUACUGGGCUACUUACCUCAACAGAGAACCUGUCAUCAAAGGAGUCAACAUAUUGGCUCCAACAUAGUGUCUUUUUCAAACACACGACCCUACCUUCAACCAUAUUGGCCUACAAACUGCUAAAGGAAAUGCUACUGUAUCACAAAGGAUGGGAGAUGUCAUGGGUUCUGUCUUUCUCAUACUGUCAUUUGCAUGAAGCUUUUAGAGAGAUACUCUAACCAUGUUUGCCUUGGUAUUCCUUCUUUAUACCUACUGUACAUUGCUUUAAUUCAACAAUGACAUUUUGAAAGUGAAAAUCAAUGACAUUUUGAAAGUGAAAUUUGACAAGGACCUUUUGAAAUGCUGCAGUGUGGACAUUUGUCCUGGCCUCAAAUUAAUUGAAAACUGUCAUGGCAUUUAUGUUGUUGUUUAUAACCUUGUCAUCUUGAAGAGUAAGAGACUGAGGAAUACCUGCUGUGUUAGUAGUAUGAAAUAAGAUAUCGGAAGCUAGGAUGUUAAGGAAAGUGGAGAAUAAUGUCAUUUCCAGUCAAUUUGUAUAAUACUUCAGCCAAAUCUCUCUUAUCUCUAUUGGAUACAUAUGUUGUUAUACUUUUGUCAUUUUUGCCCAUCACACAUGUACUGUUUGUACAAUUUAAAAUGUUACUUUUUCUUACCUCUAUCUAUAUAAUGUACAGAUUAAUAAUUUUUGACAUACUUGGGUCUAACUGUGGAGACAGAAGCAAAAUAAGACAGCAAGAUACAAUUCUGUGACGUAAUUGAUGAUACAGUCAAAUCAACCUGGGUGAAAGCGCACAGUCCGAACAUUCGAAUCAUUACCAAGUUAUAAAAUGGUUGAUAGAUAAGGUCUGACUUUUUCAAUUGCAAUGUAAGUGUUUUCCUAAACUAGAGGGAGUAGAUGUCUACUUUGAAGUAUUGAGCUGCCCUUUUGGUGUGAAAGGUUGAACUCAUGUACUGUAACAGGAUACGUUUUCAGGGUCGUGUUCAUUAGGCAUCAAAUGGGGAAAAACUGACUGAAACAGGGAGGGACUUCCUGGAUUUGUCCAAUAAGAAACACUUAUUAUCGUUUUCUGUUUCAAAACAUUUUGCUACGAUGUGCCCUACUGAACACAGCCCUCCAACACUGCUGUCCUAUCCUCAUUGUGUCAUGACCAGAUUGGCUCCAGUCCCUGAAGUCGGCUAGGAUCUAAUUAGCCUGGGAUAAUGAGCUUGUACCUGUUAAACACUCUAUCUGAUAUGGCCUCUGGAGAGAGAACCAACCACAGGGGACAGACCACCCACCCUCACCCCAGGCCCAGAACGCUUUGUUCAGGGUACGGGAAGGAGAGCAUGUGGGUAGGGCUCUGGGGCAUGGUGCCUCUGUGGUAACACAGAAAGAAGAAGAAUGGAUGAAACAAGAAAUAAUAAAUUUGAGCUUCAAGGCCACCUUACUGGGGAGAAAAAAGAAUCCCUACUUCAGUAAAAGAUGGAGAUACAGCCUAUAUGAAAGAAGCUGUUCCUGAGAAUCAUAUAAACUCGUUGACACAGCAUGUACAGAGAGAGAAUAGAUUAAUAAUUAUGGAUAAUAUUGGUGACGGAUGGAUACUUUAAAUGUCACUGACUGUACAGUUCUCAUUAAAGUGUCAUGUUGUAGAUAACGCAAUAACUGUACAUGUAUUAUUAUUAUUAUUUUAUAUUCAAAUCCAACAAAGACAUUCUUCAUGAAUAUAGAGACAGUGACUAAAAUACCUCUUUAUUUGUAUGUCUCUAUGUGACAUCUUGUAUUAAAGGAUUAAUCCACACAGAAAACCUAUUUUUUUUCAUUAGUCCACUGAUACAGCCCCAAAAUUGUUUUGCAUGUCAGCAAUCAAGUUUUCAAGAUAAAGGACUUUUACAAAGUAAAUUGUCACA